AUGCGCGUCCUCUGCUUGGCACUCGUAUCGGCUGCUGCUCUAGCCGCCAGUGCCCAUGGACUUCAGGUCAAGUCCGACGUGGCUCUGUCGCUGGAGACAGCUGCCGAGGAUCGGCUGCAACCCUUUGUCGAAGGCAAGACCGAGCGAUUCCUGAAAAGCGAGGAGCAAGGUCUGCCGCUUGCGGUCACCUCGGCUGACUACGCGGCUCUACUGGGGCAGGAAGAUGGCGUGGGCAGACGCUUGCGCAGCGCGGACAACGACUUCGAGUCUUUCGACGAAGAGAGGAGCAGCAAGAAGAAGAAGAAGAAGGGCUGGUUGGCCGGAGCUAAAAAAGCGAUCAGGAAGGGUGUUAAGCGCCACAAAAAACGCCACGAUGACGACUACGACUCUGACGAGAUGCCAGCGUCGGGAUCUACUUCAGAUGUCGACCUGCCGUCCCCGCCUCCGCCCCCGAGGAAGAAGUCGUGGUUCAACUGGGGUUGGUAA